AUGCCUAGGGAUUAUAUUGCUAAAGUAUAUAACAGGUGGCUUUUCAAAGGUAUAAAUCGGGAAAAAGCAGAAGAGUUGCUCUUGAUGAGCAGCAACCGAACUGGUUCCUUCUUGAUCCGUGAGAGCGAAACUAGAAGAGUUAGAAGAUCCUAUCAAGUUACUCGAGAUUCCAUCAAACAUUAUCGUAUCAAUCAACUAGAGAAUGGGUGGCUGUACAUAUCUCCUCGUCUAACUUUCCCUACCCUCCAGGACAUGGUGGACUACUAUUCUGAAAUCUCCGAUGGUAUUUGCUGCGUCUUGAAGGACCCUUGCAUCAUACAAGGCUUCAUCCCUCCAGUCAUUCCUUUAUCUCAGCCAAUUAUCGUUAGGAAGCCAACACUCAACUGGAGAGAGCUAGAUGGGUCAGUGCUGUUAUUUUAG